AGAGCUGUGUUCAAACAUCUGGAUCUGGAGAGGUCUAGCCUGUAUGGCUAUGGUUACAGUCAUCUUGGUUACAAUCUUAUUGGUUAAAAUCACCCUGGAUCUCAGAGCCAUAGAGCAUCUCCCUGCUGUGACUGGAAAGUGCAUACCCUGCCCAGGAGGCUGGAUGUGGUUCACAGGGCAAUGUUACUAUUUUUCCAAAGAAACCCAGGACUGGGAUGCCAGUAAGGAGUUUUGCAGUUCCCAUAAUGCCACACUUGCUGUGAUAAAAGAACCAUCACACCUGGAGACUAUUAACUCUUAUAAAGGAAAUGAGGAUUACUGGCUUGGGCUAAGCAAAGGAGAAAAGGGAUGGCAGUGGGUGGAUGGAUCUCCAUUUACUAAUACCAUAAUUCAGUUGGAAAAUGAUGGCCAAAACUUGAACUGUGCUUUCCUUAGCAUGAAGCAAAUUGCUACUGUAGACUGCACAUCUCUAAGAUACUGGAUCUGUAUCAAAGAGUCCAGAUGAAUUUUCUCAAUCAGCAGUGAAAGGUUUGUUUGAUGCAAGUUGCAAAUGAAAUAUGUUUUCUAUGCUGUGUUGGAAGCAUGUCCUCUGGAAUGGUGGCUGAAGCAUGA